GAAAUCUAGAGAGAAUUUCCUCCCAAUUCAUUAUUCUUUCACUAUUCUUUCAUGGUAUCAAAGCCAAAACCCUAAAAUUUUCUACGACUACUGUUCACGAUCGCCCGGCAUGGCGUCCAUCGAUCGUUGCUCAGUUUUAGUCGGUUGUUGCUGUUGCCGGAUAACGGAACGGUCGACCGUUGCUCUAGAACGGUCGAGCACGUCGACCGUCCCGUCGGCAGAUUGUUUGAUUGAUGCUGCUAUUGAUUCUUCCGCCAACGCCGUACGCCACUCUGCUACCGCCAUGGCCGAUGAACAACUAAGGAAGAUGUUUUUCUCGCUAUCAUCAUGUGUUUCUAGUUUGAAGCUUUCAGGUGCAUCUCUUGAUACAGGAAGUACAAAUGAGGUUAUCUCUUAUGAUGAAGAUGAAGAACUGCGGACGGAAGAACAGAUGGACUGUUCCAGGAGGGACGAUCGACCGGAGGAAAGCAGCAGAGCUGACCGGCUACAGACGGUCGACGUGAUGGACCGUUCCGAUGUCCACGGUCGACCGUCAGAGAGGCAGAAUGACGGUUCUUUGGGAGAUGAUCAAACGGUCCACCGUGAUGAGGAAAACGGUCGACUGCCUCCGAGGCAGAAAGUCAGCGAUCCGGAACAGCUCCAAACGGGAGACCGCGUGGACCGUUCCACGGACGGCGGUCGACUGUCUCCUUCCCAGCCAGCGGUGGAGAACUUGGGACGUGGUCAGCGUGAGAAAUGUCCAAAUGUACGUCUUGCCAAUUAUGUUACCCAUGUGAGCAUGAGCAAUGGUGAGGCAAAAAUGGAAUGUCACACGCUGACGUAGAACAUUUCAACCAAUAAAAAACAGUCCAAUCAACGAGUGGCAAGGGAGUGGAGUGAUAACUUUCAUAUUUCUCUUUCCAUUUUUUCAAUCUUCUCUCCUUUCUCUUGAUCUUCCUUUUGUUUCUCCGGUCUUUUGUUUUAUUAAUUCCAUUCCCCCGAUCCAAACACUAGUGUUGCUUGUUAAUCGGAUCGGAAAUUAGAGAGAGAAUAGUGGCAAAGAUGUGUAGCCAGAGGCGUCGCUUCUCAGGCAAUGACAGUGGCGGCAGCUUGAGACAAUGGUAAGGCAGUUCAGGAAGUGUCGCUGCUCGGGCGGUUCAGACAUCGUCACUCCUCUGGUGGCUUGACUUCCUCUUUGCCUGCAAUUUAGAUGGCGUCAAAUUAGAUGGCGACAACCUUCCACCGAUACAGUGACGACGAGUCUGGAAUGAGAGAGUUCCCCACUCCUUAUCUUCACUACUCAUCUUCUUUGUUGGUUGCGUGGCUUACAAAUCCUUAUCCUUAUCCUUAUUAUUAUAGUGUAAUGGUUGUAGUGUUG